UUUUUACAAGUCCGCGUUUUACUAGUCCACGUUUUACUAGUCCCCGUUUUACUAGUCCACGUUUUACAAGUCCGCGUUUUUACUAGUCGCGUUUUACAAGUCGGCGUUUUUUUAGUCUGCGUGUUACAAGUCCCCUUUUUAUUAAUCCUCAUUUUACUAAGCCGCGUUUUACUAGUCCCGCGUUUGAUCCGCGAUUUUCUUAUCCGCGUAUUACUAAUCUAGUCCAGUCCAGUCCAUGGAAAACAGUAUGCCUUGAAAGACACGAAGCCGGUUUCUCAGUUGUUCAGUUCAUAUAGCCUCCUUAUGGCUCGUCACGCAAUCUUUCCUCGAUUGCGUGACGAACUAUAAAAACGUCUGCGCAUGAGGCUAUACUCUGUAGAACUUUACGAAAUUUCUGUAGUUUCUCUGAUAUUUGAUACAUGAACGGUGGAAAAGUCGGAAUUCAAGUAAUUCGCCAUAAUUGAACUAUAAAUUGCUUAAAAUUUAUCCCUAGUGUUUCUCGAUUUAAUAUGUCGUUACGAGUCAGGCUCCGUUUUCUCGACCACGUGACCAAAAGAAGGAUCGGUGAGAGAAGAAAGAGCAGAGAAUCUCUCUGCCUCUCAAGACCGCAGACUGUAUACCUUGUGACGAUGGAUUCAUUACGUUUCGGUGAAGAUUAUCACAGCAAGUUUGACCCAAAAGCUUACCUGAACUAUUACAACGGAGCAGGCGAUCAGCUUGAAUACAGAGAAUUUCCACUAAGAUGCUUUCAUGAAUUUUGGUCAAAAAUGGCAAAACGAAACGCAAGAGUUCUCAACUUCGGUGGGGGACCUGCCAUCUUCGAUCUUAUAAGUGCUGCACCACAUACCGAAGAGAUCAUCUUUGCCGAGUACAGCGAAGAGAAUCGAAAAGAAGUAGCCGCUUGGCGAGAACGAUCAGGUGAUGCUCACGACUGGUCGCCAUAUUUCAGGUUCGUUGUGCAAAGUUUUGAAGGCAAGGGAAGCGAAGAAGCGUUGAUACGAGAAGCUGAGCUAAGGAAGAAAAUAAGUCACAUUUUGCCCUGUGAUAUUGCAUUGGAAGACCCGGUGAAAUGGCCCGCUACAUGGACUUCCCAGCUGGGCUCGUUCGAUGUCGUGACAACUAGUUUGUGCAUUGAAGCAGCUGUGAAAUCUGAAAUAGAGUACAGGAAUGCAAUUGCCAAGUUGAAAAAAUACCUAAAACCGGGUGGAUAUCUGGUCAUGUACAGCGUCAUAGGUGAGACUUUCUACUAUGUAGGCAAGGAACAGUUCUAUUGCUUUUUCGUGAGCGAGAAUCAAAUCCAAGAAAUAUUACGCAAGGAGGGAUUUGGUGACGUGGACAUGAAGAGUAUACCAAUGGAUCCAAACGAGUUUUGUGAUGCUGAAAAAGUGUACUUUCUCAGCGCUAAGGUCGAAAAUGUACAUUAGAAACAACGUUAGAACUUUGGAUUGACUUUAAUCAAGAGUUGUCUACUAUUGUCUUGAGGUUGCCUUGGUCAAUCUCGGGGUAGUGGGGGAAGGGGGGUGGGGGUGGGGGACGA